GGGCCGUGGCGUGGGAGAGGCAGCUGCGUCGCUGCUUGGCGGCUUUGCCGUAAAGCGAGCCGGCCGCCGAGUGUCGCGCUGCUGCGUCCGCUGAGGAGAGGAGGCAGAGCGACAGAGGCGGAGGAGGAGCGGAGCGCGGCCGGAGAGAAAGACGGGCGGGCAGGCCGCCCGCCGCGGAGGGAGGGAAGGAAGGAAGGAAAGGAGGCAGGCCUGGGCUCGGGCCUAGGCCUCGCGGGAGGCCCGGCUGCGCUACCUCCGGGCUCCCUGUCCUUCCAUGUCUCGAUGGAGCCCUCGCUGUGACCUCGCCUACCCCCCGGACGCGGAUAUGAAGAGUGACGCUUCCUCUGACGCCGCCGCCAAGAGCCAGGAGAGCCUGAAGGGGGUCCUCUUGAACCCUCCUCCUCCUCCUCCUCCGGCGCCCGCCAUCGAGGAGCCUGGCAAAAGCUUCCCCAAAGAAGAAGAAGAAGAGAAAGCGGUGGGGAUGAUUGCCAGCAAAGGGGGGGAUGACUUCUCUCACCUCUGCGGCAGCGGUGGAGACUCUCAGAAGGAGAAGGAAGCCAAUGGAGGUCGCCCAGAGGAGCAGGAGCAGGCGGAGGAGGCCCUCGUCGUGCGGAAGAAGCGCAAAAGCCAGCAGGCCGGACCCUCCUUUGCCCAGAGCUGCGGUGGCAGUGGCGGUGGCAAAGAAGAACCCCGUGUCUUGGGCCUGAGGCCGCGCCUGGAGAUGCCGAGCGAAGACAACGAGUCCUCCUUCAGCGAGUGCGUCUCCUCGCCCUCCUCCAGCCUGCACUUUGGGGAUUCGGACACGGUCAGCUCCGACGAGGACAAGGAGGCCUCCUCCGCUGCCGCCGCCGCCUCUGCCGCUCCCCCCGUGAGGCACCCCAGGGCCGCCCUGAGCGCCUCCAGCAGGACUCCUGGCUCCCGGCCACAGAAGUGGCCGCGGACCGAGGCCGAGGGCGUGCCGGGGCUGCUCAUGAAGAGGCCCUGCUUCCACAGCAGCGCAGGCGGCACCGGCACCGGCGGAGGGGGCUCUCUGCGGAGGCUGCCCUGCCGGAAGCGCUUCGUGAAGAGCAGCUCCUCGCAGCGGACGCAGAACCAGAAGGAGCGCAUCCUGAUGCAGCGCAAGAAGCGGGAGGUCCUGGCCCGGAGGAAGUACGCCUUGCUGCCCAGCUCCAGCAGCUCCAGCGAGAACGACCUCAGCAGCGAGUCCUCCUCCAGCUCUUCCUCCGACGGGGAGGAGGACAUCUUCGUCUCGGCCGGGGAAAGCCACCCGAGCAGCGCGGCUGUUCCCGCAGGGAGCAUCGACGAAGACGUUGUGGUGAUCGAGGCCUCCUCCACCCCGCAAGUCACCGCCAACGAAGAAAUCAACGUUACCUCAACGGACAGCGAAGUCGAGAUCGUCACCGUCGGAGAGAGUUACCGGUCCCGCUCCUCCCUGGGCCACUCGCGCUCCCACUGGGGCCACGGCUCCGGUCCCCACGCCUCUCGGCCGCAGGAGCCGCGCAGCCGCAGCAGCCGGGUCUCCACCGUCAUCCAGCCGCUGAGGCAGAGCGCCGCAGAAGUGGUGGACCUCACCGUGGACGAGGACGAGCCGACCCUGGUGCCGACCACCUCGUCUCGAGGAGAGCCCCAGCCGGGCAGUGCGGCCUCCGAGGGCGGUCCCAGCGCCAUCGCCAUCGCCGCCCCAGAGCCGGCCUCUGAGGCAGGGGCUUCCGGCGUCUCCAGCGGCCGGCCCUCCGCGGCCUCCGCGCCCAUCGUCGUCCUCAGCAACAGCGGGAAUCCGGCCGGAGAUGAGGCCCGGGGUCACCCCUCGGGAGGCGUGGCCCUGGAGGCGGCCCCCCCGGCCUUGCCCCGGCUGCCCUCCUGCUGCCCCCAGCACUCCCCCUGCGCGGGCGGCAUGGGCGGCCCCUCCUCCUCCUCGGCGCAGCACCUCCACGCCCUGGGCCACGCUGCUGCGGCGCACGGGGCUUGCUUCCCGCCGCACAGCCACCACUUCCACCACCACCACCACCACGGGCCCCACAUCCCGCUCUCCCCCUCCGCCUCCUUCGGCGAGACCGGAUGCCCCGGGGAGAGGCCUGCUGCGCACGGCGUGGCCCCCAGCAGCACCACCAGCGCCGCCACCGCCUCUGCGGGAAACGCCUUCCACGACCAGCAGGCCUUGCCGGUGGACCUGAGCAGCAACGGGCUCCGGGGCCACGGGGGCGGCUCCUUCCACGGGGCCUCGGCCUUCGACCCCUGCUGCCCCGGCGCCUCCUCCUCCCGCACCGCCCUCUACGCGCACCAGCCGCCCGCGCAGACCUUGGCCCUGGUCGACAGCUAUGGUGCCAGCUUGGUGGCCCAGCCCCCGCCGCCCCCUCCGCCGCCCCCGGCCGCGCUCUCCUCCUGCCGGCACUACAUGCACUCGCCUUACGCCUCCCUGUCGCGGCCCCUGCACCACCAAGGGCCGCCCUGCCCCCACUCCCACGGCAACCCCCCUCCCCCGCCGGCAGCCCCAGCGCCCCCUCCCCCGGCCCCCCUCCCCCCGCCUCCCCCGCCGAUGGACUACGUGAUCCCGCACCCGGUGCACCCCUUCCACCCCGCCCUCUCCUCCUCCUCCUCCUCCUCCUCCUCUUCCUCCUCCUCUGCGCACCCAGCGGCCCCCCCCUCCGCCGCCCCCCUCCGCACCUGCUGGCCAACCCCACUGCCGCCCCCCUCCUCCUCCUCCUCCUCGGCCGCCGCCCCACUGCCGCAGCCCCUCCCCUCGGCGCACCAGCCCCUGGGCCACCACAUGCCCCCCGCCACGGCCCCCGCCGCCCAGCGCCUGCACCCCCACGAGGUCAUCCAGCGCAUGGAGGUCCAGCGGAGGAGGAUGAUGCAGCACCCCACGCGAGCCCACGAGCGGCCCCCGCCCCACCCGCACCGGAUGCACCCCAACUACGGCCACGGGCACCACAUCCACGUGCCGCAGACCAUGUCUUCGCACCCGCGGCAGGCGCCAGAGCGGUCCGCCUGGGAACUGGGCCUCGAAGGGGUGGCGGCCGCGACGUAUCCUCCGGGGCCCCUGCACCCGCACCUGGCGCACUACCACCCGCCGCCCCGGCUGCACCACCUCCAGAUCGGGGCCCUGCCCCUCAUGGUGCCGGACAUGGCGGGCUAUCCCCACAUCCGCUACAUCUCCUCGGGGCUGGACGGGACAUCCUUCCGGGGACCCUUCCGGGGCAAUUUCGAGGAAUUAAUUCACCUCGAAGAGCGUUUAGGGAACGUGAACCGCGGCGCGUCCCAAGGAACCAUCGAGCGGUGCACGUACCCCCACAAGUACAAAAAGGUAACCCCUGAUUGGUUCUCACAGAGGAAACUCCACUGCAAGCAAGAUGGGGAGGAAGGGACCGAGGAGGACACCGAGGAAAAGUGCACCAUCUGCUUGUCUAUAUUAGAGGAAGGAGAAGAUGUCAGGCGCCUGCCCUGCAUGCACCUCUUCCACCAGGUCUGCGUGGACCAGUGGCUGAUCACCAACAAGAAGUGCCCCAUCUGCAGAGUGGACAUUGAGGCCCAGCUGCCCAGCGAGAGCUGACCCCUCCUUGGGCCCCGAGACCCCCGGCUUCCCCCCCAUUUCCCCCCAUAAGAGCCCUCUCCUCCUCCUCCUCCUCCUCCUCCUCGGCGCUGCAGACAACCAAAGAUGAUGGCAUUUUGAACCCGCUCCGAAUCUCCGAACCCCCUUUUGUCUGCUCUGUGGCAUCCCUUGACGAAACGCUUCCGUGUAUUUAUAUAUAUACAUACAUUAUAUAUAGAUAUAUAUAUAAAAAGAAGGCUUUUCCUUUCUGGUUUAUUACCUUUUUUUUUUGGUUCCUAUUUCCCCCUUGGUAAUUAUUUUUUGCAUGGUUUAAAAGAGAGGGAAAAAAGACAACAAUGCAUUUCUUUGCACACGUUCCACGGGCUUCGUCGUGACUUCCUCCUCCUCCUCCUUCCAGAACUUGCAGGCAAGAGUUUUUUAAAUCUGAUUUUAGGAAAGCGAAUAGGAUUGUUGUGUGGUCCUUUGAUCUGAUUUCUUCAUUCCCCCACCCCCUAAUUUUUAUUUUUAUUACUAUUGUUAAUUAUUACUGAUCGCCAUCGCCUAGUAUAGUUUGACUCCUUUUCCUGACUAACCUCCAGAGAGCCCUUAAUUUAAUCAAGUCUUUUUUUAAAAUUAGUUUAUUAAAUGUAUGAUAAAAGAUGAACUUUUAAGGGAGACGAUCAAAAAAAUAAAAAGAGGAUCGGAAUAUGAUGGUGUUUUGAAAGACAUUCUUUCAUUGGGAAAAAUAAAAUACAAAUCAAAGGCUGCUGUAUAAGUAUAACUCGCAUUGGGCAAAACAAAAGAACAAACAAACCCACUUUGCUCCUCCGUCCGUCACCCUUGCGGAUAUCGACCCCUUGGUUUCCGGACGGCCGACCCAUCAUCAUCACCGUCAUCAUCACCCACAAAAAUGCAUAUUUUUAUGUUCUUAAAACUUCUCAGCACAAUGCAGAUAUAUUUGAAUGUCAAUAUUAAAAAAAGGAAAACAUUGAA